GUGAAUCCCACAAUAAUUUUCGUGCACAAUUCAACUUCAUUGUUUCCCUCUACUUAAAAACUAUAUACAUCACAGUGGAAAAGCGCGCCGACGUCAUGGAAGCCUACCUCCAGUAUCGGGCUUUCACGCCGAGCUUUAAACCUACCCACGCUCCUAUCGUCGAAGGCAAAGAAGAAGAGGCUCUCAAAACCCUUGCCUCUUCUCCUUUGAUCUAUGUCACGUUCGACGAGAACGACGCUCGGAACCCUCAAAAUUGGUCCAAAACCUACAAGACCUUUGUAAUUGGGCUCUUGGCCUUCUUAACGCUGUCCUUAACGUUUGCUAGCUCUGUAUCCUCUGCUGCAGAGCAGGGGAUGAUGGAGGAAUUUGGGUGCUCGCAGAUCGCCGCAACCGCCGCGACUUCGAUGUUUUUAAUAGGUAUGGGUGUAGGUGCGAUGCCUAUGGCGCCGCUUUCUGAGCAAUGGUGGAGGACGCUCUCAACCCUAAACGGCUGCAUGCUCCUUUUUAAGAUUGAUGCGACGGAAGGGUGUUUCUCAUGGCGUCAGGAUUACACAGGCGGGAAGUGUACCUCAUAUAUUAUAUGGACGUCUCCCAAUCUACCUCAUCACUAUCCUCCUAGCGACCGUCUUUGAAAUUGCCUGUGCUGUUGCCCCCAACGUCCCAGCUCUCCUCAUCCUUCGAUUCAUCGCAGGGGUCUGGUCUACUACACCCUUAUCCAAUUCAGGUGGGUCACUGAACGAUGUGGGAGACCCUGUUCUACGUACCAUCGCUCUUCCCCUCUUUACAACUGCUGGAUUUACUGGGCCUUGCUUGGGACCUAUAAUAGGAGGAUUUUUGGCCGAAAAUGCGAAUUACGGUUGGCGUUGGUGUUACUGGGUAACAGCAAUCUGGAAUGCGGUCGCUUUCUUAUCAUGCUUCUUCUUCAUGCCAGAAACUCUAGCCCCUGCUUUGCUCAAGUUCAAAGCAAUUAAUUACCGGAAGGCCACCGGCGAGCAUACAUGGAGGGCACCCAUUGAAGACGAGAGUUUGAGGAAGUUGACUGUCAAGUACUUGCAACGCCCCUUUAAGAUGCUGGCGAUAGAACCUGUUGUCCAAUUCUUUGUGGCAUAUCUACUCAUUGUAUAUAUUGUACUUUACGGUUAUUUUGACGCCUAUCCCAUUAUCUUCGGCCAGCACGGCAUUUCAGGCGGUAAAGGAGGGCUUAUGUUCGUGCCUGUCAUGCUAGGCUUUCUGAUUCUUCUCGGUAUAAACUUCAUCCACUUUGAACGCUACAAGGGAUUGGCUGAAGAUGCGAAAAAGGGGAUUGAGAGGAGAGGUAUACAUGAAGGUCGAGUUGAGCCAGAAGAGAGAUUAGUGCCCCUCAUGGGUUGUGCCAUCUUUUUCCCAGCAGGAAUGUUCUGGUUUGCUUGGACCUCUGGUGUUCACUUUAACUUCUGGGUUCCCAUGAUGAGUGGUUUAAUCUUCGGUAUCGGCCUUUUGUCCAUCUUCCAAGGAUCUACUCAGUAUAUGAUCGACGCCUAUGGGCCUAUGGCUGCAUCAGCUCUUGCAGGUUCAACACUUAUCCGAUAUGUUGGUGCCGGUUUGGUCAUUCUUGCCUUCCCUACCAUGUACAACAACUUAGGUGAUCAAUGGGCUACCUCUCUCUGCGCUUUUUUGGGUCUGGCACUGACUCCAAUUCCGUUUAUAUUCUACUUGAUCGGUCACAAAGUGCGAUCGAAAUGCAGAUUUACCGUCCGCUAUUAAUACCGUCUAUAAAGACAACUAUAUAUAACAAUACUAUAAUUCAAUGGUCUUAAUUGAAACUCCCGACUGAAGAGUAGAAUCGUACUGUAUUCCUACGUAUCUAUACCAUAUACUCAUUGAAUGUCACUCAGUGUCACUUUCGGAAUCUCGAGCCCCGCAGCUUCAGCUUUGGCUAAAACUUUGCUGGCUUGUUUGUACACAGGCGCAUCGAUCAUGACACCGUCGAGGGUGUACGCCCCUUUGCCGAGCUGAUCGUGGUGCUCAAAAGAAAACUUGAUUCUUGCUGCUUUCAAGAUGUCUGCGGAGGGAUUUAGAUAUGGAGAACAUAGUCUUGAAAAACGUAGCUGACCUAUUUCGUUUGGCGCAAAUGAGCUAUGGAUUAUAUCAAUCUGCUCAGGAUGGAUAGCUUGCUGGAUGCAA